CACCCGACAGCCGCCCGCAUGCACCGCGCCGCAACGGCCGCGCCACGUGCUGCCGCGCCGCCGCCGCGCCGUGCACCGCCUGCACAGCGCACUCGACGCGCCGCCGCCUCACGACGAGCUUCCGCAGUUUUGGAGCGACUUUGUGGCGACGUAGGCGCGCGUCCGGCACGCCGCGCGUCGCGUGUUUACACUCCGGUGACAGUCCCCGCGGGCUGGAGUGGGCGCGAGCACCAGGGCCGGCACUCGAGGCACUCCCGCUAAUAGGGCGCGGAGGUGGCGGCGGGCGAGCGCUGAGCGCGCGGCACGCUGGAGGCGCUGCGCCGCCACUCGCGGCAGAUAGCCGCGCGCCGCGAGCGCCGCGUGCAGUUCACGGAGCGGACGCGGGAUGGCGCGCGCAGCGGAGAUGGCGCCGGUGAGUGUUCGUGCGGCAAGGCAGUCCUCCGCCCGCCCUUGCUAAAUAUAUCCUCGUCCGCAUUGCAACGCGGUGAAUCGCUGCGCAGGCCGCUCUCGCCAGCGCCCGCGGAGGCCGCGGCGCUCGCGGCGCUUGCGGCGGCUGCGCUAGGCAAGGCGCGGCCGCCGCUGACUGUAGCGUGUGUGCUGUGUGUGCGCAGAGAGCGGCGGCUCGGAGAUGUCGGCUGGCAGCGGCGGCGGUGGCGGCGGCGACGCGCGGCGUCCGUCCACCUGCCGCGUGGAGCUGGGCGCGCUCCUGGCGCCGGAGCCGCGCCCGCUGGACAACAAGGUCAAGCGGCACAGUAUCCAUGGAAUGACAGAGGAGGAAAAUGUGGUGCGUCCGCACCAGGAGAUGGCGGUACUGUCGCUGGAGGAGAAGAAAUAUUUGUUGGGAGUGGAGCGGGGCGACGUGGCGGGCACGCGGCGAGUGCUGCAGCGUGCACGGGACACCGGCCACAUCAACGUCGACUGCGUGGAGCCGCUCGGCCGCAGCGCGCUGCUCAUGGCCAUUGACAACGAGAACCUCGAGAUGGUCGAGCUGCUGCUGGAGUUCGGCGUGGAGACGCGCGAUGCGCUGCUGCAUGCCAUCUCCGAAGAGUUCGUCGAGGCUGUCGAGGCGCUGCUAGAUCACGAGGAGCGCACGCGAAAGCCCGGAGAGCCUAAUAGUUGGGAGGCGCUGCCGCCGGAGACGGCGACGUUCACGGCGGACAUCACGCCGCUGAUUCUGGCGGCGCACCGCGACAGCUACGAGAUCAUCAAGCUGCUGCUGGACCGCGGCGCGGCGCUGCCGGUGCCGCACGACGUGCGCUGCGGCUGCGACGAGUGCGUGCGCUCGCGCCGCGAGGACUCGCUGCGCCACUCGCGCUCGCGCAUCAACGCGUACCGCGCGCUCGCCUCGCCUUCACUCAUCGCGCUCUCUUCCAAGGAUCCAAUACUGACCGCGUUUGAGCUGUCGUGGGAGCUGCGGCGGCUGUCGGCGCUCGAGCACGAGUUUAAGACUGAGUACCAGGAGCUGCGCACGCAGUGCCAGGAGUUCGCCACGGCUCUGCUGGAUCACACGCGAACCUCGCAUGAACUGCAAGUGCUGCUCAACCACGAGACGGGCUCACCGCAGGUGCCGCUACCGGAGCCGGGCGCGCCGGAGAGGAUGCGUCUCUCCAGGCUUAAACUUGCUAUAAAACUACGGCAGAAAAAGUUCGUGGCGCACCCGAACGUGCAACAGCUGUUGGCGUCCAUCUGGUACGAGAGCGUGCCCGGGUUCCGGCGCAAGAACAUGCUGCUGCAGGCGGCCGAGAUGGUGCGCAUCGGCGCCAUGUUCCCGCUGUACUCGCUGGCGUACAUCGUGGCGCCGCACUCCUCCGCCGGCCGCACGCUGCGCAAGCCCUUCAUCAAGUUCCUGUGCCACUCUGCCAGUUAUUUCAUGUUCCUAUUUCUACUGAUACUGGCUUCGCAACGGAUAGAGACCGCGGCGGGUGGAUUGCUAUGGGGUGCUGCGCCCCACGGCGAGCCUCUGUCUCGGCGCGGCGCUCCGCCCUCACUCGUCGAAUGGCUCAUCCUUGCGUGGGUCAGCGGUCUGAUAUGGAGCGAGGUGAAGCAGCUGUGGGACAUGGGGCUGCGGGAGUACGUGCACGACAUGUGGAACGUGAUAGAUUUCGUCACGAAUUCGCUGUACGUCGCCACCGUCGCACUGCGGAUCGUUUCGCACUUCCAGGUGCGGCGGGAGAUGGCCGCCGGCAUGCAGUGGAACCAGCCGCGCGAGCAGUGGGACGCCUGGGACCCGAUGUUGCUGUCCGAGGGCCUGUUCUCGGCAGCCAACAUAUUCAGCAGCCUCAAGCUGGUGUACAUCUUCAGCGUGAACCCUCACCUGGGCCCGUUGCAAGUCUCGCUUAGUCGGAUGGUUCUCGACAUCCUCAAGUUUUUCGUCCUGGACAUAUUGGUGAUCUUUGCGUUUUCUUGUGGUUUGAACCAGCUCCUGUGGUACUACGCGGAUAUGGAGAAGAAGCGCUGCACGACCGGCGGCACCUCUCUCACUGCCAACGGCACCUUCCCAGAUCCCGACGCCUGCAUCGUGUGGCGCCGGUUUGCUAAUUUGUUCGAGACGAUGCAAACACUGUUUUGGGCGGCGUUCGGGCUGGUUGACUUGGAUUCGUUUGAGCUGGACGGCAUCAAGAUCUUCACGCGGUUCUGGGGCAUGCUCAUGUUUGGCACGUACGCCGUCAUCAACGUCAUCGUGCUGCUUAACCUGCUCAUUGCCAUGAUGAACCACUCGUACCAGCUUAUUUCUGAACGGGCGGACGUGGAGUGGAAGUUCGCUCGCAGCAAGCUGUGGAUCAGCUACUUCGAGGAGGGGGGCACGGCGCCGCCGCCCUUCAACGUGCUGCCGUCGCCCAAGUCGGCGCUGUACGCCUGGCGCUGGCUGCAGCGCCGCCUGUGUGGACACGCGCGCGCCAAGCGCGAGCACAUGCGCACCAUACGGCGAAAAGCCAAACAAGCAAAUGAGCGGGAUUACCGUUAUCAGGGCAUCAUGCGCAACCUGGUGCGGCGCUACGUGACGGUGCAGCAGCGGCGCGCGGAGAGCGGCGGCGUCACCGAGGACGACGUCAACGAGAUCAAGCAGGACGUCAGCGCCUUCCGCUGCGAGCUCGUCGAGAUCCUGCGCAACUCUGGCAUGAACACCUCCACCGUCAACGCCGGAGCUCCAGGUGGCGGAGGCGGUAAGAAGAACCGUCAGAAGGAACGCAGGUUAAUGAAAGGUUUCAACAUCGCGCCGGGCGGGUCGCUGGCACCCGUGGACGAGUUCCUGGCAUCGCUGCACCACGAGCACGGCGGGUCGCACGGCGCGGCGCACCACGCCUCGCUGACGGCGCUGCUGGGCACCCGGCUGCGCGCCAGCCAGUCCAGCCUGUCGGACGGCGCCAGCGCUGCCGGCAUGGCCGCCGCGCGCCGCAAGCCUGCCUCGCACAAGCGCCGCUGGGGAACUAUUAUCGAGGCCGCUCGUGCAGCGCGAGUCUCGCGCCUGAUUGGACGCUCUAGGUCUGAGGAUUCUGUCUGCGACCAUGCGCGACAAACACCCAGUGGCAGCGACCGGUCGGACUCGGGCAGCGACUCACAGCGCAGCCCGGAGCGCAGUACCCGCGGCGGGCCGCUGCAUCCGCUGUCGGCGCUCGCUGCACUCAAACGCAAGCGCAAGAAGUUCUCGGACUCGCGGCGGGCCGGGGCAGAGGCGCGCGCCGCCGCCGGCGCCGAGGCCCUGCAGCGCGCCAGCUCGGUGCCGGCGCGGCCGCCGCCCGCAGCCGGCCCGCUGCCGCGGCCGCCGCCGCCGCCGGCGUCCGUGUCGCCGUCCACCACGGCCGAGAGCGUGGCGGGGCGCGGCGGCAGCCGGGAGCCGCUGCUGGCCAGCCUGGACGACGACGCCCAUAAGGUGGGGCGCACGCUCGGCCCCGCUCGGCUGCGAGCGGCCGACGGUGCUGAGUCGCGUGUCGACGAUUCCCAGGAGGCGUGCGGCCGCUGCGGGUACGAGGCGAGCGAGGCGGCGGGCGAGGCGCCGCCCACGGACGACGAGGGCGCGCCGUGCGGGCGCUGCGCGGCGCUGGCGCGCCUGGCGGGCGUCACGCCGCUGCACGGCCACGCGCCGCACCACUCGGCCGGCUGGCUCUAGUCUGCGCAGGCGACACGCCUCAUUCAUCGUCCGAUCCAGACCAGCACAAUUCUUUGCUAAUCGCACUGCGCUGUAGCUGUAUUAGUUAAAUGAGAGAAACAUAUUAAAUUAAUCAUUUGGUGUUUUUGACAAAGAAAACCAAACAGUAGUUUGCACCGAAGGAACCAUGAACCUGAUGAUAAGUACCUACUUAUGUAGCACUUGCAGUCAGUCAACAUUCCCACGAAACGUACCAACCUGGUAUUGGCAUUGUCAAAACAUAAAUAUCAAAUUCCACCACAUUGCCUGGGACCCAAAGCCGACAUCCCGACGACUCGGCCAGUAUUAGGUUGACCAACUGUAGAGCAACACAUCGGUAGAGUAGACUGGUACAUGGUCAUGUAGUAGUGCAUGCUAACAAUAAACGAACACAAUAUAAUUAUCGGUAUCUAGCGGAUUAUCUUCAUAUAAUAAAUAUUAUAACGAAGACAUAUUUUAUCAAACACCAAUUAGUUAAGUAGCUACAAAAAUAUUUUAAUGUUGUAGGUAGAAUAAGUAUUUAUUAUAUUGCAUUUGUAAGAAAUUAUUUUAUAUACGUUUUAAGAUAAUUUUAUCUAAAGUACUGGCAGAGGGUUGACUGGCACAAAAAGCUAUUUAUUUGUUUUGCAAUAUUAGUACCUACGUAUUUCACGAACCCGCUAAGUUUAGAGUUCGUGAAAAGCACAAGACGUUUCUGUGAUACCAUCAGCGAACAAAACGAUGUAAUGAACGGAGAACGAAAUAUGGCAGCCGCCCCCGAGGCCAAUACUUAGUUUCCACCUAGUGUCCUUCCACUUCGCUGGAGUUCAGGCUUAUUUAGUUAGAUUAAUGGAGGAGCUAUAAAUGGCAACACAGUAGUUAUAGGUUACAACACAGCCGAAUGGUCAACCCCUGUUUGUACAAGGCGAUUAGUGAAGUAAGCCAUCUACUAAUAGCCAAUAAGUUACUAAAUAUAAUCAUGAUGUGUUCCAGAAAGUUUUCCAAUUAUAAGUUAUUCGGUCGGCGCACACUGAAAUAGUGCUACUUUUAUUAUAAGUGAGGACGAACAAUAUGAAACAGGGAUUUUUAAAAGAAACAUGUUAUACCUACUUACCUAAAUAUCCGAUGCCGGUAUGUAAUACCCUGACUUUUUGUAAGACACGUUAGGUUAAGUAGGAGGUAGACGAAUAGUUGUUAAUCAAGUGGUGUCAUUCAUGUCAUUAUUGUGAAGAGAUUGAAACAUCACACCGAGCUCGAACAGAUUCUAGUGUGUUUACGAGUUUUAUUUAUUUGAGUAAGAACAGAGAAUACCUAGUCAAUAUUUAAGCGAGGCAUCACGAAUAUAGAGUUGUGGAUGUGAACGCGAGUCUGUCAGUAUCACAGACGGACGACGAGCGCGUCGUGGCUCACCUAGUAUCUACCCUCACCAAGGCACCUACCGAGAAGGCUAUCUUCAUGCAAAGGACCAAUACAUCAUAUCUAGAGGCAGUGACACUUCUGGUGACGCAAAGCAUUCGCCAUCCCUUUUCUAAAUUAUUAGCAGCAUCAAGGUACGCGGCGGUAGGCGCCCGCCUUACAGCCAUUACUAAACGUAGUGCUUAAGUAUAUUCUCGUUGGCCAUUACCUAAGUAGCGUAGAGUCACGUUGGACACCAAUGCAUUGCACGUUGCACGCAUCGACAUUCCGUUACCCUUGACCAAUUCAUGCUGUAUUCUAUUCACAUCCUGACAUCUGUAUCAUGUAGGUAGUAGGUACUGUAAUAGAAGAUCAAUAAAUUAUUAACUAUAUAUAAAUUUCAAGAUACAGUCGUAUACGCCAUUUACGUUAUUGUAUAGUCAAGCGCGAUGUAUCUAGCAUACCUACAUGUUCAGUAACCGUCAGCCUGUCACUGAUGUACCAUAACUUGACACUUGUGAAUGUGAGGCGCUCGUCAGUCUGCCACAUAUCGUCCCCAUGUACGGCUGCUAUGUAUCAUUGUUUAUCUUAUAGUUCACCAAGCGCUGGCCCUGCGCGGCCGGCGCGACCAGAGGCCUUCGUGUUUAGUUGUUCGCCGCGGCUCGACCACACCGGCCCUACCGGGCACUCGGCCGCGCCGACACAUAAUCGAUUAUAUUUUGUAAAGAAUUGUUAUUUAUUUAUACAUUAUUACAUUAUAUUUGUAUAUAACGGUGCGAAGUUUAAUAAAAUAAGCACUUAUCA